AUGGCUCCGAGUGAAGUGAGCUGGGCAGAGCUGCCUGAUGACUUCUAUCUGCCACCGGCAGUGGCUGGCCCCAACAUCACGGCCCGCAGCCCCUUCCUGGUGCCACAGACGCACCUGGCUGGGCCAGGGCUCUUCCUGGCCAUGGCAACCUUCAUGGGGCUGCUUGUGAUGUUGGGUGUCCCACUCAACACCCUCACCAUACUCUGUGGUGCCCGCUACCGCAAGCUGCGCUCGCCCCUCAACUACAUCCUGGUCAACCUGGCUGGCGCCAACCUGCUGGUGGCUGGCGUGGGCUCCACCACGGCUACCUACAGCUUCGCCCACAUGUACUUCUCCCUGGGCCCUGCUGCCUGCAAAGCUGAGGGCUUCACCGCCACCCUUGGGGCCACUCCCCUGCUCUUUGGCUGGAGCAGGUUUAUCCCAGAGGGGCUGCAGUGCUCAUGUGGACCCGACUGGUACACAACCAACAACAAGUGGAACAACGAGUCCUACGUGCUCUUCCUCUUCUGCUUCUGCUUCGGUCUCCCCCUUGCCACCAUCAUCUUCUCCUAUGGCCGCCUGCUGCUCACCCUGCGUGCUGUGGCACGGCAGCAGGAGCAAUCAGAGACGACACAGCGAGCUGAAAGAGAAGUCACACGCAUGGUGGUCACCAUGGUGCUGGGCUUCCUGGCCUGCUGGCUGCCCUAUGCCAGCUUUGCCCUCUGGGUCAUCACCCACCGAGGCCAGCCCUUCUCCCUGGCCCUGGCCUCACUGCCAGCUGUCUUCUCCAAGGCCUCCACUGUCUACAACCCCAUCAUAUACGUCUUUAUGAAUAAGCAGUUCCGGGCCUGCAUGCUCAAGCUGAUCUUCUGUGGGAAGAGCCCAUUUGGGGAGGAGGACGAGACGUCCACUGCCUCCCAGUCCACCCAGAUGUCCUCGACCUCCAGCAGCCAGGUGGCACCCGCCUAG